GAGAGAGAGAGAGGGAGGGCAGAGCAUCACCGGAGCACCGGCGGCCGCAGCCUCUUCCUCUGACCGGACAGAGGACGACAGGGACGGGGAAGCAUCCCACAGCAAACACCCACAAGCCUUUGCGCCAAGGAGCCGCAGACGAGCGCGCAUCUUCCAGCAGAACGGGAGCGCACCGUGGGAUUGUCCGCGUGUCCCCCACCCAUCCACUCACCCACUCACCCACCCAGAGGAGAGAGAGAGAGGGCCGGGGCUCAGAGGAGGAGGAGCGCCAUGGAGGGGAUGCAGGCGUACGGAGCGGGCAAAGCCGGAGGAGCCUUCGACCCCCUCACCUUCUUCCAGCAGCCGCAGACCAUCCUGCGCGUGGUGUCGUGGCUCUUCUCUAUCGUCAUAUUCGGGUGCAUCGCCAAUGAAGGCUACAUCAACCGGCCCAAUGAGGUGGAGGAAUACUGCAUCUUCAACCGGAACCAGAACGCCUGCAACUAUGGGGUCUUCAUGGGCUCCAUGGCCUUCCUCUGCUGCAUGGCCUUCUUAGCUCUGGACGUCUACUUUCCCCAGAUCAGCAGCGUCAAAGACCGCAAGAAGGCGGUGUUGGCCGACGUUGGACUAUCAGCCUUCUGGUCCUUCAUGUGGUUUGUCGGUUUCUGUUUCUUGGCCAAUCAGUGGCAGGUGACCAAACGUGAGGACAACCCGCUGAAGGAGGGAGGGGACGCUGCCCGGGCCGCUAUCACCUUCGCCUUCUUCUCUAUUUUCACCUGGCCGGCCCAGUCCCAGUUAGACACCAUUCUGACAGUUAAUCAAGGCUCCAAAGGGACCACUGGGAAAGUCUAUUCCCUACUAAAUACACAUAAUUUGGAACCUCUUAUAUCAUUACAACAACAAUGGGAAGAAGACUAG